AUGGAAACACCGAGUUCGCUGAAAGCGCACGACUCGAGCGAUACCCCAGGCACUACCUUCUCGACUAUAUUUGACAGCGACAACUCCCCGCUCUCCAGCCCUUCAUCUUCGGCUCUGAGUCAUGUAUACAAUGAUCCACACCAUGACAAGAGUAGCAGGAACACCCAGGCCCUCGCCCUUUUUGAAGACCCGAAGAAUUGCGAAACUGCUGCUUCACAGCGCCCUCGUCGAGGGACCAAAAGCCUGCUCCCAUUGAACGAACAAAUCGAGGAGAUAUCGGAGCCCGUGGUGGAACAGAUUUCUGCGACUGCCCAAGAUGUUGCGCAACCGGCCAUUGCUACGGAAGAGGUCGACGAACGACCAACACCAGCAUCGUUCGCUGCCGAGUCUGCGUUUGCAGAUAACAAGCAGUCAUCCCCAGCAACGCCAGCAGCGGCCCGUCAAUUGCGAAAGCGGAAGACCAACGAGGCUGUGAAAGAGGACCUACGGACGCCCUCUCCCAAGAAGAUUAAAACGAUUGCGGUCGAUGCUCCAUCCAAGUCAAAAACCAAGUCUAAAAGCACACCAAGACGGAGUGCACGGACUCGAACCAAAUCCAAGAAGCAGACACUGUUAGAAGCAACUCUCGUCGAAGAUUCACCAGAUAUGAGCUCCCUGGUCAUUGCCCUGAGGAUUUCUCCGUUGUGGUUCUCACCUGGUGGCCCAUUGGAAAGAUUGACGGUCUCACAGUACCCCGAUUCCCACACACAAGAGAAUGUCAGCUUCGAUAGUAUGACCGACCGGCCAGCUAUUCAUGAUGAGAACCAAUACGCACAGCCUUUGUGGGCACCGGUACCGGCGUCCAGCCAAACCGCGUCCACCGACGGCUCCAGCUUUCUGCGCACACAACCACACCAAUCUCAGAAGUUCGUCUCGCAAGAGCCCAGUACGAUCACUUCACGGGGAACGAUCCCUACGCCCCCAUACAACCGCAACGGGGACUCUAACCCCAUGGGCCUAUUGUCUGACUUGAUCGACGCAACCCAGUCACGAAAGCGAGCAAUUGUGGAUGAGCAUUCAGAGCUCUACAAGAUCUCUGAACGGCUCUUCGCUAAUCGCAAGCCGGGGUUGAAGAAGCCUGCGCCCUCUGGCAAUCCUGAGGUCUGGGCUGCGGGUCGCCAGGAGCUGUGCGAAACUCUACACUACUACCGCUCCUAUCAGAGCGGAUGUUACGCUAACGGAGGCUUCGCACGAGGCUUCAUGUUUGACAAGAUCGCCCACGCCCGAGACUAUAUCGACAACGAUGUCGUCAUCUCAAGAGCUGGUGGAGGUCUGGUCAAAGAUACAGACUCGGGCCAGAUGAAGAGUGGCAAAGACCAAGCAGACCAAGGGCCAGUUGUCACAGCUUUGAAGAAUUGCAUAACCCACUGCAACCCGGUCGUGCUUAUAACAGGUGCUGACAACCCACAUAUGCCGUCACAGCCACCGCAUCAGUACUGUGUCCUCGAUUACUUCAAACCAACGCACAUAUGGGUUGAAAAAAGUAACAACAACAAGAUUGUUCGGUAUCGCUUCGAGAAGCUGAACACCGAAAAGAAGUCUUGGUGGAGUCCGGAGAACGAAGAUAGCCAGGUCGAACUGGGAUCGCUUGAUCCACCGAUUCAGGAGACCUGCGACUCCUGUUGCGAGCUGUCCAUGCAGGUAUACCUCAACGGCUGGAUGUGCUUGCAGCCAAACUGUAGUGCGUUCUGGCACAUCAUCCAAGAAUCGGGUUCUGGCUCUUACAAGAUAUCGAGAGAACCAGAUGAGGCGGAACUGAUCUAUGAUCCACGAUUCCUCAAGCAGAAGACUCCAUGGCUUAACGACAACAUGGAAUACUCCUUGAAGUUCGACCGUCCUGAGAUAUCUGACUACGCUCUUCCCGGCGAAUCAACGUCUCAAUCGUUCUCUUCGGGCAUCGUUUGUCCAGAUUGUGCUCAUGGAUACCGCAUCAACCGGUACCAGAUCCCCGGCCUCGACGGCUUCAUCACGCACAUGGUCGCCAACAAGAUCGUGGUAGAAGAAGAUGGAGGACCCAGCACGAUGUUCGAAGAGCUCCAGAAGACAGACAUCGGUCUUCGCCGUCGCAUCAUGCCCAACGGCCAACUCAAGGGCGACACCUACUGUCGCCAUUUCAACGUCAACUACGGCAUGCCGUACAAGUUUAUAGCCGCAACCGACUCUCACCCCUUCGAGGGCGCAGCCCGUCCCAUCAACGCGACUCGCAGCCGCCUCAUCUGGGCAACAAAGCUCCUCGCCGCGCAAGAGACUGCCAGACAGCGAAUCGCCCCAAACUCUACAAAUUACCACGCCCUCUUCGCCCAACAGACAGAGAAAAUCAUGCAAGAACCCACCCAUCCUUUGGAGUUCAACGAAGUCCUCGCCCUCGGCUACUUCGAGUCCCAAAAGAUCAACUACCACGACGACGGCGAAUUCGGCCUGGGCCCCACAAUCGCAACGCUCAGUCUCGGCGCCCCGGGUACCAUGCGCAUACGCAUGAAGGCGCGCCACUACCACGGCGUGUCCUCUGCCGCGGGUCUUUACGACGAGGCGCCUCCGAUCCCCGGUUGCUCACAGUACGAAGCGCGGCUGGCACUACAGCCCGAACUGGACGCCUUGAAAUUGUCGGACCCGAAGGCGUAUCGCGCGCGCCUCAAGGAGGUGCCGAAGCAGCUGGCACUCAAGCACUCGGGAAAUGCGAAGGACGUGCUGAAGAUGGAGUUGGGGCAUGGAGAUAUCGUGGUCAUGCAUGGCGCGGACGUGCAGAAGUACUACGAGCAUUCUGUCGAGCAUGCGGGGAAAUUGAGGUUUGCGCUGACCUGUCGGUACAUUGACCCGGAGAGUUUGAAGGAGGCGGAUAAGCCGGGAUAUGAAGUUGGACCGGAUUUGUUAGGGUAUGAUGGGGCGAAGUUGUGCUGA